CAGCUCUGACGUAGCUGUUUACAGAAACAAUUUUACGUCAGCACGUGCGAAGGCUUGUAGCUCACUUUACUCGGUACGCGAAUCUUUGCACGCUCGCAGUUUGAAGGAACAAUACACGGAGGGGUUUGACUUUUCCUACGUGCACUGAUGUUGUCCAACUAGAAUCCAUCGAGCGACUCUCAUCUACAUCCACCAUGAAGAAAAAGUAGUAGGAGGGAUCUCUUCUUCUUCCUUUUGAUGCGCUCACUCUGUGGAGAAAGUUGUGCAAAAAGUCAUCAGAAUAUAUAGCCCAAGCUGCUUUUUGUAACACAGAUGCAACACAGAGUGGAUUUCUGAUUUAAGAAAACAUGAUUUUGAGGAAAAUUCAACCAGGAUCCUGCAAAGCAUGGCUGUCUCGGGUUUCGUUGAGGCAGGAGCUGUGUUUCUCCUCCUCCGUGCCCCCCCAGCCGGUGCCUCCUCUUGUCCAGACCCUGCAGACGUACCUGAGGAGCCUGGAGCCCCUGCUGCCCCCUGAGGAGCUCAGCCACACCCGCAGGAUGGUGCAGGAGUUCGGCAGACCGGGUGGCCUCGGCGCACGGCUGCAGGAGGCGCUGGAGAAGAGAGCCAGAUACACCAAGAACUGGAUCUCACCCUGGUGGGUACAGUGGGCUUACUUGGAGAGCAGACAGCCGCUGCCUGUGCACUCAAACCCGGCCAUCUCUCUGCCCAGGAGAGAUUAUAACGGCUGGAGGAGCCAGUUAGUGUUUGCAUCCAAACUGAUAGCAGCAGUGCUGGACUUCAAGGCCAAAAUCAACACCGGCCAGCUGCCGGUCGAGUACAUGCGAGGCAUGCCUCUGUGUAUGGAGCUCUACCCGCUCCUCUUCUCCUCCUGCAGGAUCCCCGGUCCCAAACACGACUACAUCGCUCACCACGGACGCUCCCGGCACUCUCCAACACACAUCACGGUUGUCAGGAACUACCAGUUCUUCCAGUUGGAGGUUUAUAACAGCGACGGCUCCCGGAUGACAGAGAGUCAGAUCCACAGCCAGCUGCUUAGGAUCAGGUCUCAGUCCUGGAAGACGGACAAAGAGCCCAUGGGCAUCCUGACCAGCGAGCACCGUCACACCUGGGGAGAGGCCUACAACCGGCUGCUGAAAGAUAAACUAAACAAGGAAUCAGUGCGGCUGAUAGAAACGGGACUUUUCUCCUUGUGUCUGGAUUCUCCGGUCAUGAGGAUAUCAGAUGAAAAGUAUGCCAGCCGCAAAGCAGCGCAGGUUCUGCAUGGAGGCGGGACGUUCUCCAACAGUGGCAAUCGCUGGUUUGAUAAAACACUGCAGUUUGUGGUGGGCGAGGACGGCUCAUGGGGUCUCCUGUAUGAACCAGCCACAGCGGAGGGUCCACCCAUAGCAACACUGCUGGAUCAUAUCCUUGAGUACUGUGAGAAACCAGACCCAAAGAGAGCGCCGCUGGUCCCUCUACCAAUGCCCAAGAAGCUUUACUUUCACAUAGACCGAGAGAUUAAGAGGGACAUAGAGCACGCCAAGCAGAACCUUGAUAUACUGAUCAAUGACCUCGACGUCAACGUGUUCAACUUCAAGAGGUUUGGCAAAGACCUUCCUAAGCAGCACAACCUGAGUCCAAACUCCUUCAUCCAGGUCGCCCUGCAGCUCGCCUACUACAGAGUCCACAAUGAGGUCUGUCCUGCCUGUGAUAUCGCCUCUCAGAGGAUGUUUCGAGGAGGAAGGACAGAAUAUAUCCGCUCGCCCACAAAUCAGACGCUGAAGUUCAUUCUUGCCUUCAAUGAUCCGUCUGUAUCGCGGGAAGCAAAGCUGCAGCUGUUCAGAGAAGCUGUUGAUGCCUAUACAGCUCUGACUCUUCAGGUACUUAAAGGACAUGGCAUUGACCACCACCUGCUGGGACUCAAGCUGCAGGCCAUUGAGGAAGGCCUGAGCAUCCCCAAAGUCUUCAUGGAUACAGCUUACGGCCUUGCAACACACUGGAAACUCCGAACGGGGCAGGUGCCUGCGAACACAGACAGCGUGAUGUGUUUCGGGCCCCUCGUUCCUGACGGUUAUGCAAUUUGCUACAACCCCCAGGCAGACCACGUCCACUUCUCCAUCACCGCCUUCAACUGCUGCGAGGAGACACAUGCGGAGACAUUAGCUCUCACCCUGAAGGACACUUUGUGUCAGCUACAGGAGCUACUGCAGCCCACUGUGUAGAGCUGCACAACAUUUUGUAAACGUCUUGCUGAGGCUUGUUUUGGAUGUUCUCUUGUGCAUGUAACGCUUCACUAGAGCGGUUAAAUCUGAGAGUUUUGAAGAGUGAGCACGGUGUCUUUGAGUUGCUUCUGGUGCUUUUUUAAAGCUUUUGAUGAAGCAAAAAAACACUUUCCUUUUCUAGCAAGAGCUGAGCAAGCAAGCUGCAUUAUAUUUGCUACAGUGGUUAAAGUUAAAGGGCAUCUAAUGCUACAAAAUGUCUGAGUGAAGCAAAACAAAGUCAACUUGACACUCCAUUAUUAAUCAGAACAAGCCAAAACAUUUGUGUUUAAACUAACUUCACUCCUGUCAAGACAUGACCAUGAUUGAUAUGUUGCACUGCCAUCAGAGUUAAUCGCCAAAUCUUUAUGGAAACCAUUAAUUGUGUAGGUUAACAUGUCUGUUGCUGGUUAUUAAUGGUGACAGUGUAAUGAAGUUACAGGUGCUUUUGUCUCGUUUGAGUUGAGCGACCUGAUCUUCAGGAUGUAUUUACUGUAUGUUGAAAUGAAUGUUGAGAAGCUAGUGUUAUGCUCUCAACCUGCAGGAUUGGUUAAUAAAGCCUGCUAUUGCAUGA